GUGGCGUCGUGCCGGGCAAGGACACAGCUAGGUAGGCAGAAUGACAUUUGUGUAACAUCAGUAGUGGCUUCGAAACUUUCAUAAUCACAGAUUGAAUUUUGUGCACACUAGAAGGGACAUCCCCUUUCGAUUACUGUGCUGCUGAGGAAAAAAUCAAGAGAAGCAAAACGUAGAGGGAGAGAAAGAUUAAGGAAGAAAAUCAUCUUGUUCUUUGCCUGUGAUUUUUGUGUGAUGUCAGCACGUUAACUUGACCAAUCAGUGAUUGGGGUUACCCCUCCCCCCUGAGCUGAAUGGCUGUGUCCAGAGGGGGCGUUGCUUUUUGGGUGAGGUGUGGGAGGAGCCAUGGCUACCAGCAUCCAAUCAAGCGACAGUGUUGGAGUCUCACUCAGGCACUGGAUUUACAGCACAGCGACCUUUCUCGACCAAUAAGCAUCUUUUCCCGAGCUCUAGCCCCGCCCAGCCACCCGCAUCAUCAGACCGUUGGCCAAUCCCCUGUGGGCUCUUCGCCGCUGCUCCCCGCUCAUCACACGGGGCAUCAGGUCCGAACGGGCAGCUUGGAGGAGGACUGGGAAGAGACCGUCAGCCUGUGCGUGCUGUCGGAACCCGGGGAGCAUGGGGGGCAGAGCGCCCUGGUGGAAGUACACUUGCUCGGGCAGACCCGGUUAGGCGAGCUCCUGGCUUCUGGCCUCGGCAGGCCGGGAGAAUUCCUCUUCCCGCUAACCACCGUCGACGGACGGCGGGAGGACGACAUCAGCGUUAGCGGAGGGGGAGAGGGCGGGGGAGGCGAAAGACGGAGAGAUGGACAGAUCAGGGAGAGGGAGAUGGGGUCGUUUCGGAGCCUGUUCGAGGCGGAACGUUGUCCCGCCCCCUUCGUGUGGGGGUCCCAGUUCUACUGCUUCCACUGCCCAGAGACGGAGCCCUCGCCUGGGGCUGGGCUCAAAUCGAGCCUGUGGACUGGGCCGGGCCUGCAGGCUGGAGGCCCACUGCGGUGGCCCCCCACGUCUCACUGCAGCCACGCGGAAAGCGAGGGAGGAGACUGGGAGGAGAGAGAGAGGGAGCGAGAGAGGGAGGAGAAACUGGCGCUGAUGCACGAAAGGCUGAGGAUUGAGCUGCCCAGUUUCUUUCUGAAGAAUCAUGACUACAGCAUGUACUCCGCUGACAUCGAGUUCAUUAAUGGACUUCUGCACACUCAGACCAGGGGGCGAGGUGUGUACCAGCUGACCUUGACCGUGUGGAAGCUGCUGUGCGCCUGCUACUUCACGGACGUGCGGCUGGAAGUGCUGAAGCUCACCAAGCACAGUGAGGAUGGGACGGUGCGCGCUCGCUGGCGGCUACGCGGAUUACCCUUUCACCUGCUGCUGCUGCGCUUCUACAGGAGGGACAAGAGCCAGCUCUACAGGACGUACGAUGCCUUCUCCACCUUCUACCUGGGGCCGGACGGGCUCGUUCACCGGCACAGGGUGGAAAAGGUGAUGGAAGCUAUGCCCCCUGUCAUGCCCCGUGUGACAUCACUGCUGGCAGGAGCGCUGGUUGCCCUGGGGAUCCAGGAGCACAGACCUGCCCUAAAUUUCCCCUUCAUCCUUUCGUCUUUCAGAGUGGGAAGGCAAUGAGAGAGAGAGAGAUGGGGAGAGAGAAUGUUAGCGUGAGAGGGAGAGAGAUCUUAAGAGAUGAGGCCUGUAUGAAAAGCUUGGAUGAAAAUGUACAGAUUGACUUUAACCCCAAUGUCUCGAGAUAGUUUUUUUUCCCCUGUAUUCACAGUAAAUGUAAAAAAAAAAAAGCAAAAGCAUUUCAACUGUAGGCCACAGCGUGGCGCCUGCGUUUCCUCAGUGACGCUCUUCCACUCCCCCUGGUGGUCAAGCAGGGUGGUGUCCUGUGUACAAUUAUGCUGAAUAUCUGGUCCUUCCACUGUUGAGUUUCUUAUCGGAAAAGCAUCAGGGGUAAAACAGUGAAAGCUGGGGGAAAAACGGCUCAUAAACGUGUAAAUAUUCACACACGCGUGCACAGAGCGACUCUGAGAUGCUCCCGGUUUCCUCCACAGACUCUCUGACUGUUGUACUAUAAUGAACUCUGUUGUACAAACUGACCACCACUAUUCUCCACCGCGCUCAGGUAGUCUCCAGCACUGUGCUUCACUCUAACAGUCCGCUCUGUAGGUUAGCGUGCUAAGCUACAUCGCAAUACGCCAUGCUACACCAUGUUUGAUGUUUUGUCGUUCUGAACGGGCGUUGAAAGCAAAACUUUAGCGAGCUUAGAAAAAAAUGAAGCAGCUUAACAUCCGACCAUCACAUAGGUGUUUACAUUUCGAGGGGGUGUGGGGAUCCCCAAUAAUUUCUGAUCCUGCCCGUCUCUUUCCCCUCAAGGUUGGACAGCCGCUUAAUCGCCUUUGUAGGUGCGUUCUGUCCCUGGAGCCCGCCCAUUUUCUGAAGCGCGCAAUUCUGAUUGGCGAAGCAGUGGCACUAAACCGCCAGCCUUCUGCACCAUUGGCCCAGCUUCACAGACUCCGCCCCCAGGCCCCUCUAACCCGCCACGAGUGUGCUGUGCUGCGUAGGAAGCGCGCGGUAAUUCUGAUGUAAAUAUAGUGUAAUUACAGAUAUAUUUAUAUUUAGGCUGCAGCACGCGUGUCGUAUAGCUGCCGGGGACGAGGAGGAGCAGAGGGCGGCGGCCUCCGAAACGCGGCAUUUUGAUUGGCCCUGAGCUCGUCCAGGGGAGGGGUUAGAGUGUUGACCUUUAACUGCUGUUCUGUCACUGAUUGUCUGAACUCUCCCCCCACCCAUCAAAUUCAUGAUGCUUUACUACAUGCAGCGUCAGGUUAAGUCCUGUACGGAAUUUACGCUCCUUGUUGAUUUUGUGUGACUACACGGGACAAACACGCUCAGGGUUGAUUGGCAGGAAACGCCAGGGCUGAUGGGAUUGAUUGGCAGGAAACGCCAGGGCUAAUGGGAUCGAUUGGCAGGAAACGCCAGGGCUAAUGGGACUGAUUGGCAGGGAAUGCAAGGGAUGAUGGGAUUGAUUGGCAGGAAACGCCAGGGCUGUUGGGAUUGAUUGGGCGGAAACACCAGGGAUGAUGGGAUUGGCUGCUUUCUGUUCCCGCUUUUUCCCCCUUCAGUGUAAAUGGUUCUGUAACAUUUCAGUGAUCUGCUCUUUUUUGUGAGAACAAUAAAGCAUGACAUGUAACUCCA